CUAGGAGUUGUGAUUACCAAAGGGGGGAGAGAUUGUAAAUAAACAGAAGAAAUUAAAGAUGGUGUUUCUAGAUUCUUUGUGGCUAACUCUAAUAGUCGCUUUGUUGGGUGGAUAUGCAUUUGUGUUUGGGUUCCUAAGGAGAGUGAAUGAAUGGUACUAUGUUUCUAGGCUGAGAAAGAUGCAACACUCUCUCCCACCCGGUGAUAUGGGUUGGCCUUUCUUGGGGAACAUGCCCUCCUUUCUCAAAGCUUUCAAAUCUGACCCUGAUUCCUUCAUCUAUAACCUUGUUUCCAGAUAUGGCAGGACAGGUAUGUACAGAACCUACUUGUUUGGGAGCCCCAGCAUCAUAGUUUGCACCCCAGAGACAUGCCGUAAGGUUUUCACAGAUGAUGAGAACUUCAAGCUUGGAUACCCUGCUUCUACCAUGGCCCUCACAGGAAAAAGAUCGUUCCAUGGGAUCUCAAAUGAAGAACACAAGCGUCUUCGACGCUUAACCUCCUCUCCCAUAACUGGCCACGAGGCAUUGUCCAUGUAUAUUGAUCUCAUAGAGGGUAUUGCUGUGCAACUGUUGCAAGAGUUGUCUAGCAUGAACACCCCAUGUGAGUUCCUCGUAGAGUUGAGGAAGUUCGCUUUUAAGGUCAUCACCACCAUCUUCAUCGGUUCUGAUGGUUAUCAUGUUGACCUUGGCUUGGUUGAGAACUUGUACACCCACUUGAACCGGGGAAUAAAGUCAUCGGCUAUCAAUCUCCCUGGCUUUGCAUUCCACAAAGCACUCAAGGCACGAAAGAAGUUGAUGAAGAUGCUGCAAGAGCUGGUGGACCAAAAAAGGACCAAAAAUACAAAGACAGAGUUGAAAAAAGAUAUGAUGGAUUUAUUGAUGAAAGUCAAAGAUGAAGAGGGUAGGCGACUGGAGGAUGAAGACAUUAUUGACUUACUUCUGGUUUUCUUGUUAGCAGGUCACGAAAGCUCGGCUCAUGGAAUAUUGUGGACCAUCAUCUACCUUAUGGAACACCCGCAUGUCUUCCACAAGGCAAAGAAAGAACAAGAAGAGAUCAUGGAAAAAAGACCCUCCACGCAAAAAGGGCUAAACCAUAGGGAAAUUAGACAAAUGGAAUAUCUUUCAAAGGUUAUCGAUGAGAUGCUGCGCAGAACAAGCAUCUCUUUUGCAAACUUUAGACAAGCAAAAGUCGAUGUCAACAUCAAUGGUUAUAUUAUACCAAAAGGAUGGAAAGUUCUAGUUUGGAACAGAGGUGUUCACAUGGAUCCUGAAACUUACAUCAACCCAAAGGAUUAUGAUCCUUCCAGAUGGGAAAAAUACAAAGCAAGAGCAGGGUCUUUCCUUCCGUUUGGAUUAGGAAGCAGGCUUUGUCCAGGAAGCGACCUGGCCAAAUUUGAGAUCGCCAUUUUCCUGCAUCAUUUUCUUCUUAACUACAGGAUGGAGAGAAUUAACGCAAAGUGUCCACUCACUUACCUACCAGUGCCAAGGCCUUCAGACAAUUGCCUUGCAAGAAUUAUAAAAACCACAUAAAUCAUGAGAUCAAACAAGAGCAUAAACACGUGGCAAUCUUGUAUGUUCAAACCUUGUUUUAUAUUCUUGUAAAUGAUAUUUGAAUAAACUUAAAAGUCAUAGGGGCAUUUGGGCAAGGAAUUUUCAUAUUUUGUAUUAGCUUAUAUUAUAGGCUAAAAA